GUUGUUAUAGACUGGCCGUGUUUCGGGGUGGUGUUGGGUGGCUCAUUUCUUCCGAGGGGGGGAUACACAGUGUUAUUAUUCAAGAUGCAGUUCAUGCUUCUUUUCAGUCGGCAAGGCAAGCUUAGGCUCCAAAAAUGGUACGUGCCUUUGUCUGAUAAAGAGAAAAAGAAGAUCACCAGAGAGUUGGUGCAGACAGUCCUGGCACGGAAGCCUAAAAUGUGCAGCUUUCUGGAGUGGAGAGACCUUAAAAUUGUGUACAAGAGAUAUGCCAGCCUGUAUUUCUGCUGUGCCAUUGAGGACCAGGACAACGAGCUCAUCACGCUGGAGAUCAUCCACAGAUAUGUGGAGCUGUUGGAUAAAUACUUUGGCAGUGUUUGUGAACUGGACAUUAUUUUUAACUUUGAGAAGGCCUACUUCAUCCUGGAUGAAUUCCUGCUGGGCGGAGAAGCUCAAGAGACGUCUAAAAAGAAUGUGCUGAAGGCCAUCGAGCAGGCUGACCUGCUACAAGAGGUAUGGUGGUUCCAAAUAUGGCCUCUGAGUCUUCUGGUCUUUUCCAGAAUUAGCCCUGCUAAGGAUGCCAAAGAAGCAGAGACCCCGCGCAGCGUGCUGGAGGAAAUCGGACUGACAUAAACACCAUCUUCAUCGCCAUCCGCACUACCCCAUCAGCCAGCUACUCUGCUGUAUGUAGCUGAUAACAGUUCACCUUUCAACACACACACACACCAAUAUAAUUUCCCUGUGCAUCUGUGUAACACGACUCUGCCUUGUUUUCUACUGUUUUUAAAGACAAAUGAUGUAGCACUCUGUGUGUAUCUCCUGCUGAGUUAUUGAUUUGUUUCAGUGUGAUGACAUUAACUGUUUACCGAGACACAAAUCCAGCUUAAUUAAGCUUCAUGCUGCUUUCAAAUCCACACCAGGACGCUGUGCUGAGUGAAUUCCUGCUUGAUUUUUUAUUUAUUUUUGGACGCUGAUGCGAUCUCUUUAUUCAGUGUGAGGUGUUAGCAGUGUUCUGAAUUUAAAAUAUGUUAGUUAAACCCAAAGAAGUGGCUGUAAUACAAAGGCCAGUAUUACAUUAACAAAGCCAAAAAGUUUUGUUUUCUCUCAUAUCUGCAUUGUGAUAAUCCUGAACUCAGUAUAUCCUACAGCCAGUAUAUUUAUACUUUAAUGAAUGAGACUUAUUUGAAUGGGCCAACCCACUUUGAUCUCAUGCGGGCCACACUAGUAUGUCCACGGCUCCUUUGUGCUCAAAUUAAACUAAAACCUUCACCACCAGGGGCAGCAGUUUCAGAUGUGUGCCGCUGAUUCGUUAACCUUAAAUAUUUCUUUGGCCUGUACUGGACCCCUGGCCGCAUGUUUGACACCCCUGCUUUUUUGCAUCUUAAACUGAAAUUACUGUGAAAUAAUUUGAAAACAGAAAAUAUGUGAAAUUAAGAGUUUUCUCUCAGUUUACCAGCAACCCUCGCUCCUAUAUUUGGUUUCUAAAUGAUGUUCCAAUUAAUGCUGAAUGCCUUAAUCGCUCACUGAUGUUACUAUUGCAUAACAGAUAUAUUUGCAUGCCACUGGAACUGAAUUAAUUUUAUUAUUUUUUUAUUAAUGUUUACAGUUUUUUCUUGAUGUUUACUACUGUGAUGAUUAUUUUGUUUUAUUUUUAUAAAAACAUGUCACUGAAUCUGUAGGUAACAUUUUAUAAUAACCAUCAUAUGCACACCGUAAUUGGUACCUGAUUGAACAUUGAUAGUGAUUUAAUGUUAACAAACAGUGAAAUGAUAAUUAAGGAUGUGGUUAAUGGUUGGAUGUUAUAAAUUUUAAACCACACAGUCAGAGCCCACAGCUUAAUUAACUAUCAAUGUAGCGUUUAGUAGCAAUGGCUAAUAUAAAGUGUUACCAAACAUUCAACAACAGCCACAGUACAGAUGAGGUGACAUCGAGUUCCCAGAAGGUUUACGAGCCAGGAUAUGAACUCAUUCAGCUCUUUGUUUCUUUACUGGCUAGUCACAGAUUUUAUCGUGAUGUGAUUUACAAUUAAUAGAAGCUAUUACAGAUGGUUUAUAAAGUGAAGCACCUUCAGCAUGAGAGCAGAUUGUGUGUUAUAUUACCAGACAUGUGUUUACAUUAUUAUUGUCUGAAAUGGACAAAAGAGGAAGGUUGUGUUUGUUAGUGUAGGUAUUUCCUGUUCUUUAGUUCUCUGUUGUUGUCCACAAAUAUCUUUAAACCAUGAGAUUUACUUUCUUAAUCAGUUAAUCACAAACUUUAUGUUAUUGUGGCAACAGGGUGCACAGAGGAUUAAUGGGAGGUUGUGUGGAACAGCUGAAGGGACCAAAAUAAAAUUGAGAUAAAGAGGCUCAGAUUUUGGGUUUGUUAGGGAGAUCUGUCCCAUUCACAUUAAAAGUAUUCUUCUUAUUUCCAGAUAGAACAUGAUGAUUAACACAGCUUUAAGUUCACACUCAGGAUAACUGGCUUUGGUGUUAUUUGAUGGAUGUAAUCAGGACAUUAGCUUAAAAUCACUGACUUUGUCUCCAACCUGUGAUAAAUAGUAGUUACUACAGUGCAUGGUCUCAUGUUCCCAAUCCCAUAAAUAUUGUUUUUUCAUAAUGUCACUGAAUAUAAACAUACUGUAUAAUUAUUAUUAUAAUUCUGACUGCCUGAUUACAUCUCUGCAGUUUUCAUGAACUCAUUCAGAAACAUUUAUAGCUGAAGUCGUCACUGCGUCCAGCAGAGGUUGAAACAGAGUAGUUUUUUGGCUUCAUGGUGGUGUUUACCUGUUUCGUGUUCUGAAGGUCUUUCUUUGAGUGCAGGUAAGCAUGUACUGUAGAUUACUGAUGUUGUAUUGCAUAUACUUCUUUUAAAAGAUGUAAUAUUUGUCAGCACCAGUCCAGUGCUCGUGAAGAGCAUUGUACUUAGAAAACUUGAACGUUAGAGCUCGUAAAGACACCUCCAUCACUCCUGUGUUAGAUUUGUGUGAAGUGCAUCCAACAGGGGGUCUAGCGACAUUGUGCUCCACCCAUCUACACCCUGAGCUGAGGUCUCAUCAGGACUACUCUGCUAAAACCGUUUCACUGUCUUUUGAGUAUAAACGACUCUUCGGCCUGUGACAGCCACACACUGGACAGCAUGUAAACUACCUAUUUACUGUGACACUGCUUAAGUGACCAUGCAUUAAAUAGCAAUAGUGUCGUAAAUGUACUGAAAAUAAUUUACAGCCGCUUGGAUGAAAAAGCAAAUGUUUCACACAUUUAAAGUGGACCUGUUCUGCUGAUUUCCCUUCUCUUUGACUCUGUUAGUGUCGCUUUGAAUGAUUCGCAGUUAAAAAAUAAUCUGGGCCUAAAUGCAGCCACUCAGUUCAUCUCCUGAAGCUAGUCAAGCUGCUCCUGAUUGGCUGCCCCUUGUAAACUUGUUUUACAGCAGGUGGGCGUGUCUAUUAGGGAUAUCCAAAAAAUAAGAAAAACUGCCUGAAACUAAAUUUUUGGCUCAAAGAAAUGACUUUUACAUACAUCCACCAUCUUUACAGUAUAAGACGGAUAAUAAGGAAAAACAUAAUAGGUCCACUUUUUGACACACUGGGCACAGGACUGUACAAAUAUCAUAAAGUGGUGUCUAUUUUCUGCUCUGUGCAGGUUUGUUUUAAUCCAAACGUCACAGCUCGUUUACACUUUGAACUACUCUUAAGCCUCUGGCUGUUUUCUAUAACGUCACAUGAGCAUUUUUCAUGUACAACUGAUAGUGUGUGGUUUACAGUAUAUCGGCAGUGUGACUUAUGGAGAACAGAUGCUAUUUCAUACUGUGUAUAAAGUGAAUUAUACAGCAGCUUCAGCGUGAGUGCCGAGCAGCCUGUGCGUGAUGUGUUUACAGCUAUCAUUGUCUGAAAUGGACAAAAAAAAAGAAAGAGGACGUUAAUGUUUUGUUGUCAGGUUCAGCAAUAAAGAGAGAGUAUCACAAACA